CCAGGCAAAUGCUCGCAACCAAGGAGAAGAGCGCAAGAACAAUUACUUGAUCAAUUUAGUCCAAUUUACCUACGAGUACGAGCAUGGCCGUAUUGGUAGUGAGGAGACCAUGGCUGCGUUUUUGAGUCUCGAACAGCACUUCAGACAGCCAGUGAAGAUAGCCGAGCGCGAUAACUUCGGGAUGCGCAGCGGCGCGAAACAUCUCGAUGACCGCUCACCACGUGGAGGCAGAGCACGAGGCAGUCGCGGAGGAGCGUGGGGUGGAGGCGCGGGC